AUGUCCAUCGCACGCGCUUUCACGAAGCGCAUGAAGCGUGACGACCAGGAUAUCAUGUCAAACCGAAGCAAAACCGUCAGAUACGCUGCCGGCAGCAUUCGUCGCGACAUGAUUUCCUCGCCGACCGAGCUUAUCUCCACGACCAACGUGCAAGCCCUCAAUGCUCCGGAUAUCCGCUCCCUGCACAAAUCAACCAUGUCGUCUGGCUCUUCCGUUGGCUCUAAAGAAGACUCCGACUUCUCUACUUUCGACAAGAGCUUCUUGAGCGACCAGGAUCGGACGGAUAGCUCAUCCAUCGAAGCAUCCUCGCCUGCGACACCUGUCACACCGCCCCUGGAUCCAUCCAAUGGUUUCUUCGAUUCCAAGACUCCCUUGAGCCCAGUCAAAAUCCUGUCGCCACCGACACCCGAUGCGCCCGCUAUUCCCCGGCGUGCUCCAUCCCACUCAAAGAAGGCUCACGUUGAGUUAUCUCGCCAGAGGUCUGUUCAGCGUCUGUCACCACCUCCCAGCACCAUCCCCGAAAGACCCCGAACCAGCGCCGAAUUCUUUGGAGCCGGUGCUGCAGAAGAGGACCACCCCUUCGGGAAGGAGCUGGCCAAGGUCAAUGAGGUGGCUGAGGAGUUUGGUGCUGCAUCCGCCGUGAUUGAUGAAGAGGAGCUCGAGUUGAUUAGCCAAGGCUUUCACAAAUUCAGCGUCGAAGACUACAUCAAUGAGAUCGCUGGUUUGUAUGGAGGCGUUUUCGACAACCGGCUUGGGCCCAUUGGUAACCCGUGGAUCUGA